AUGAGGAACUUCAGUAUUGCGAUGCUCUGCCUCACCUUUGCUUCACUGGCGCUUGCUAACUUCUGUGGGCUCAAGUUCAAAGGAGAAUGGAAGACGUGCUCGCACACUCUGGAUCGGCUGACAUCAUUCUGCGUCUUCUACGACCCGCUCUACCUCCUCACAAGGGGUGGCUGCACCACUGACAUCUUUGGCUAUUCUCAAUGUUUCGGUCCUCGUGGAGAGACCGGCGACAUCGGCACGCCAUGUGCCGUCCUCAAGUCCCGAGAUUCGGAACAGCCAGUCAAGCAGUGCGACAAGGGCAAGGGGUGUGGCUACCUUGGCAACAUCAAAGAUAUGGGCUGCCACUAG